AUGCCACAUCCCCUGCCUGGGCACCCAGGACUUGCCACUCCCCCAGACACCCCCGGGGAGGAGAUCCUGGCAGCCCUGGCGCUGGCCGAGCGGGUGAAGGGGGCAGCCAAGACAGUGUCACCCACCCACUGGGACCCCGCGCAAGAGGUGGCGGCGCGGCGGGAGGAGAUCCGAGGGCUGCGGACGGAGCUGCUGGCUGGAGCUGGCGGCCCCGAGCAGGGGAGAGCAGUGGCCCAGCUGCAGAGAGCCCUGCGUGAGCUGCAGGUACUGAAAAGCCAAAGGUGGGAGAAGAAGCAGGCAGCAACCAAGGUGUUUGGGACAAACCAGGUGCAUCAGCCCAGUGCCAAGGUGGGCGCAGGUCAGGCAAUGACCACCUCCCCCAGGGACAACCUGGGCACAGGAGAAGUACCGAGGUCUGCCGGUGUCCCCAUAACGUCUCCUCUUGCUUCCACAGGACCUGAUCUCUGCAGGGACUGCAGCACCAGCCCAAAAGCCUGGGACCCAGAUGUCCCCAGACGGUGCCAGCCUGGAGACAGCAGGAGGUCAGGAGCAGGGGACGGGCACGUGCCCCAUGCCUGGGGGGCUGCCGUGGCAGGGGGCACUGCUUACGUUACACUGUUCUCCCCAAAAAGCACCAAGGGCCAGCGAGAGCUGCCAGGGAGGGACCAGCCGAGCCCCAGGGAGCGCGGGGCAAGGCCUGCUGGAGGAGCAGUGGGCACUGACCGGGGGCCACGUGGUGAGCGAGACCCCACCAGGUGCCCCCACAUUCAGCACCUCACAGCGUGCCCCACGGCCCUGCCUCUGCCAGGCAGGGAGCCGGUGCUGGCCAUGCCCGUCCCUGGAGGUUGGAUACUCCAUGGCCAAGGCCCAGAGGCAGCGGCUGCAGGCUCAGCACCAGCUGCUCCUCCAGCGGGAGCUCGGGGAUGGGCCAGCGCUGGGCCAGGAGGUGAGCACAGGAGAGCCCCAGGCAGAACAAGGUGUAAGAAGUCGACCCGGAGGGCUCCAGGCUCUCCCAGACAUCGCAGAGCUGCCCUGUCCUUGCCCCUGUCCUCGCAGUGGGAUGCAGCUCGCUGGCAACAGGAGGUGGCCAUGCUGCGCCUGAGCCUGGAGGCAGCGCGAAGGGAGCGCGAGGCGGCCGAGCAGGACCUGGAGGCCCUGCUACAGAGCCACCGGCAGGAGAUGCAGGCCUGGAGACAGCACCUGCAGCAGGUGGGCAGGGGGGGCUGGGCACCAAACCCGGGCUGCUGGCACCAUCCCACUUGCGGGGGCCAGGAAGAUGCCAGGGGGCCCUGGGUAUCCCCGCAGGUGCUUUGGGACCAGCGGCUCCAGGCGGAGGAGCGGGCGGAGGCACUGGAGCACCGGUACCAGGCGCUGCUGCAGGAGGUGCUGCGGGACGCCGUGCAGCUUUCUGCACACAACCAGCAGCUGCGGGAAGCCAAAAGCCACAGCUCAGCUGAUGCCACCACACAGGCACCCUGAGCCAGCGUCCCUGAAUGGGGGGGCAUAGCUGCACUGACAGCAAGGACAGUGCGGCCACAGCUCCCUGCCGCCUUGACCCCUGCUGCCAGGGGACAGCUGAGCCACUGUGACAACUGCUGCCUAGGACAAAGCCUUUGGUCCAGUCUGCGCUGGCUUCUCAACAGCACAGGCAGGGCCCUCUGUGGCACCGAGCGGACACAGACACAAGGCUGAAGCACGCACCAUGGGAGGGCUCGUGGCUGCGGGUGCGCAGCCACAUGCA